GCUUGUCCCACGCUUACUCUAACGGUGAAGGCACAUAUUCACCGCGUAGUGUUAUUCUUCCAUCGCCGAAACGGUAAGUCUGCAUUUCAGUAUCUGACCAACCUUUAGUAGUUAAAGUAGUACCUGUUUUGUUGUUUUCGUACCCUAGCAAUGGCGGAAAAUGCAAAGAAGAUCAAUAUAGCCAUCUGCGGCGGCGGUAUCGCAGGCCUAGCACUCGCCGCCGGCUUGAAGAAGAAAGAUAACAUCGACUUCCAUGUCUACGAGUCUGUGCCAGAGUACAAAGAUGUCGGCGCCGGGUUGGCGCUGCACAUGAACGCCAUUAAAGCCAUGACGCUCAUCGGGCCCGAAGUGCGGCAGGUCUACUUCGACAAGGCGCUGGACUUGGGUGAGGAAGACCAAGUGAUGUCGACCGAAGUCAUCCUCGCACAGGGACCUAACCAAGGCGAGCUGGUGGCCGAGCUGGGCAAGGCGAAGGGACGGAAGACCGUGAGCCGCGCAGACCUGCUGGAUGGGUUAAUGGAGCUUGUGCCGAAGGAGAAGGUUACCUUUGGGAAGAGGCUAGACAGCAUCGAGGAAAACGAUGAAGGUGUGCGGAUACGCUUCAAAGACGGCAGUGACGCGAGAGCGGACUGCCUCAUAGGCGCAGACGGCAUCCACUCUGUAACGAGAAGCUACAUUCUAGGCCCCGACCACCCAGCAACCGAACCAAAGAACCACGACGGCUGGCAAAUCUACCGCACAAUGGUAUCAUCCGAGUACGCGCGACAGCACAUCAAUCCAAAAUGGACGCAAACCGUACCCAUCCUACUGGGUCCACGGGGGCAUAUCAACUGCAUACCCCUCAACAAAGGCACACGUUUAUCCGCGGGCGUAGCAGUACGGGGCGCCAAAUUCGAAACCUCCGGCAAAGCGCCCGAUCUCGAUCCAGCGCUGUACAGCGAUUACAGCGACGACGCACAACGCAUUGUCAAGAUGGUCGCGCGGGACACCAGCGCGUCCUGGACCGCCGCAGACCACGACCACGCGCCUACAUACUUCAAAGGCAAGGUCGCCAUGAUGGGCGAUGCGGCACACGCGAGUAUGCCGUUCGCCGGCAACGGUGCCGCACAGGCGCUCGAAGACGCGGCGGUCUUGGAUUACCUUUUCUCGAAAGUCACAGACACGGCUCAGAUUGAAGCGGCAUUUUCGGCGUACGAUACGACGCGAAGACCACGGUCGCAGGAAGUGGUGGAUUUGGCGCGGAAGUUUGGGAGGGUGUAUGCGUAUGCGGAGGAUGGGAUGCACAAUGAUCCCACGAAGAUGAAGCAGUUUUUUGCGGGUGCGGCGGCGUUCACGAAUAAUGCCGAUUUGCAGAAGCAGAAUGAUGAUGCCAUGGGGCUGUUCGAAAGUGCGGUUAAGGGGGGCGCAGAUGGGGUGGAGGUGAAGGAGGCUGAUCCUAUUGAGGUCGUUGCAUGACCAAGUGCUACAUCCGAGCGAUCAGAGAUCUACCUAGAGAUGUUCUAACUUGCCUGAGCAUGA